AUGAAUCCUCCAACCAUCCCUUUUUGGCUGCUAGUAGUACUGUUUUCUCUUAUUGGCUAUUGUAUUCACGUUGUCAUAACGAAUUUCAGCAAGCACAAGGCCAAGGAACUCCCUCCAGGGCCUUCCCAAUUUCAAACCAUCGGUACGUUCCGAAGCAGUGAACCUUUCCACGCAUCACUUGCGAAAGUCUCUCAAACUUAUGGACCUCUAUUGUCACUUAAGCUAGGAAGCAGAACAAUGAUAGUUGUUUCAUCACCGAAAAUUGCCAAGAAAUUUCUUCAUGAGCAUGAUCUUGAGUUCUCUGGCAGAAUACUUGUUGAUGCCGCCACAGUAUUUGACCACCAUAAAGUGUCUAUUAUCUGGUCACCACCACAAAGCCCCUGGCGCAUUCUUCGCAAAGUAUGCAAAGAACAUAUAUUUUCAUCAGAAAGACUCAAAGCUGGUCAAGGGCUCCGCCAAGAAAAGGUGCAGCAUCUGUGCAACUAUGUACAAGAAUGUUGUAUCAACGGGCAAGCUAUAAAUAUUGGUGAAGCUGCCUUCUCAACAUCUCUCAGCUUGAUGUGGAACACCUUCUUCUCGGUUGAUUUUGGACAAUCAGAUUCUAUCUCGUCCGAAGAAAUUAAAGAAACUGUAUGGAGUAUGAUGAAAACUUUUAGCAGUCCUAAUCUUGCGGACAUCUUUCCCAUCCUCAAAGCCAUAGAUCCCCAGCGUCUAAAGGGUCGAGCCAAGUUUUAUAUGGGAAAGCUGCUUGAUAUUCUUGAUGGUAUCAUACGCCGAAGAGUACAAGAAAGGGACGCAUCUCUCACUUAUACAAGGAAAAAUGACUUCUUGGAAACCCUCCUUGAUCUUAAUCAGCAAAAUGAAGCUGUAUUAAGCUACCAUAGCUUGAAACAUUUCCUUCUGGAUUUAUUCAUUGCAGGGUCAGAAACAGGUUCAACCACCGUGGAAUGGGUGAUGACAGAGUUACUAUGA